UUUCCAUAGCGUUAAACUUCAUUCAAUAAACAGUAAAGCUCUCUGAAUGGCGCUCAGAAAUAUCUGUCCAGUAUUUGCGCUUUGAGAUUGAGAUUCGGAAAAUUGUAAGAUAUAUUCCAAAAACAGCCGCACUGCCAUGAAAACGUUCUACGAAGCAAUCCUCUGCGUACUACCAGCUCUGAUUAUUAUAAGCAAUGCUGAUUUGUUCCCACAUUCUCGGUUGAGACGCUCAGUAGAAAUCGAGCGUCAAGUUGCUGUAGACCAUCAACCCUUCCAUCAAUUCGCUAAGCGAGAAGAAGACGAAAUUCCGGAACGACAAUCUGUCUCCAGUGGAAUGCAAAAUGGCGCCGUUGUGCCGGAAAACGAUGCGCCUUUGGCAUUUUCCGAUGGACAGCAUUUCCAUCCCGCUCCAAUGGAAGCAUUCCUCGUGAACAACAAGGUCAAAAUGGGCAAUAAUACGGGUGCCUAUACCAAGAAGCAAGCCAUGGACAUCUGCAAUCUCUACUUUGCUCAGCUGGCAACUCAACGGCAGCUGACUACAGCCUGGUUAGCCGGAGCCGAGUGGUGCUGGUAUGGACAUGUUGUGGAAGCGCUGUUGGCUCUCCCCAUUAAUUCCCCCGACAUGAUGUCAAAAUGCCCGGGUCAUGAUGGGAAAAAAGGCCCCCGUGUAGUUGAGUAUGUUACAGAGGGACUUUCUGGUGCCACUUGCUACGGAGUCAAGCCGCCGCGCAACUUUACGAAAACAUACGGAGAUGAGAUGUUAACCGUGCUGCCAUUUAAUCCCAAAAGAUGGAGCCAAUUUUGGUAUCCAUCAGGCGAACUGAGAAAUACGGAAGAUGCGGCUGAAGAUGAAGAGCAAGGCGAAAGUAUUUACGACGGCGUUCACGAGGCCCAUCUUAGUGAACAUCACGAGGAAAGAGACCGCAUCAACAUCUGCGUCCGGAAAUAUAUUGCUGUGGAUUACGAAGAGAUUAUGAAGAAAUAUCCUAAACUCACCAGAGAGGAUAUCAAAGAUUAUCAAAUAGAGUUUAAACUGUUGGACCUAAACCAGGACGGUUUACUCGACUUCGAUGAAUUGUCUCAACUGCUAGACAACAUUGGCGAUAAUUCCAAUCGUGAGAAAAGACAACUGCUCUUCCAGGAGAUCGACGUUGACAAUUCGGGUUUAUUGGACUUUGACGAAUUUCUGACUUUAAUGGACAUCUUAGCAGGGAAACCCAAGACUGAUCAACCGGAGGAAGGAUCUCUCGGCGCUAGGCAGAACAUGAUGGCCGAAUACUUUAUGAGAGCGGGCGAAAUUAAUCGGAGAAUUCGUCGAAUGAAUUUAUUCGAUCAGAUAACUAACAAGUUAUUUUAGUUAUCCGUGGCCUAUUUACUGUUAACAACGUAACUUUAGAGGAUAUUUUUGUAAGUUUACUCUUGACGGCAUGUGUUUUACUGUAAGGCGUAAGCUUUUGGGAAAUGUCCAUGGCUGACUUGUGACUUUUGGAGCAUUGCUUAUUAUAACUAUCUAUAAUGUAAUAAUAAUCAGGCAGUACCGUCAA